CCCCGGGGCCGACUCCGGAGCGCAGGCAGGCAGCCGGGCAAGCGUCGCGGCGCGGGCCAGCAGGAAUCGUAUUCUGGGCGCGGGGCGCCGGUCCGGGCCGGCCGCACCGGGCAGCAGUAGUGGGAGGCCACCCGAGGCCUCGCACGGCGCCGCCCGUCGAGGGGCGGGCGGCGACGGACCCGCCGGGCCGUCGAAGGGCGCGGGAGGCCGGUGGGCCAGGUCAGGCCGCGCGGCGCAGCCAUGCCUGGCUUUACGUGCUGCGUGCCGGGCUGCUACAACAACUCGCACCGGGACAAGGCGCUACACUUCUACACGUUCCCCAAGGACGCUGAGCUGCGGCGCCUGUGGCUCAAGAACGUGUCCCGAGCCGGCGUCAGUGGGUGCUUCUCCACCUUCCAGCCCACCACGGGCCACCGUCUCUGCAGCGUCCACUUCCAGGGCGGUCGCAAGACCUACACGGUGCGCGUCCCCACCAUCUUCCCUCUGCGAGGCGUCAAUGAGCGCAAAGUAGCUCGCAGACCAGCUGGGGCCGCGGCCGCCCGCCGCAGGCAACAGCAGCAGCAGCAGCAACAACAGCAGCAGCAGCAGCCACCACAACAGCAGCCGUCGCCGUCGGCCUCCACUGCCCAGCCUGCCCAGCUGCAGCCGAACCUGGUGUCUGCCUCGGCCGCCGUGCUCCUCACUCUUCAGGCCGCUGUAGACAGUAGCCAGGCUCCGGGAUCCGUACCCCCGGCACCCAUCACUCCCACCGGAGAAGAUGUGAAGCCCAUCGACCUGACGGUGCAAGUGGAGUUCGCUGCUGCAGAGGGCGCCGCAGCCGCAGCUGCCGCGUCGGAGUUGGAGGCUGCUACCGCAGGGCUGGAGGCCGCCGAAUGCCCUAUGGGUCCGCAGUUGGUGGUAGUAGGGGAAGAGGGCUUCCCUGAUACCGGCUCCGAUCACUCGUACUCGUUGUCGUCAGGCACCACGGAAGAGGAACUCCUGCGCAAGCUGAACGAGCAACGGGACAUCCUGGCGCUGAUGGAGGUGAAGAUGAAGGAGAUGAAGGGCAGCAUUCGCCACCUGCGUCUCACCGAGGCCAAGCUGCGAGAAGAGCUCCGUGAGAAGGAUCGGCUGCUGGCCAUGGCUGUCAUCCGCAAGAAGCAUGGAAUGUGAACGGUCCCCCUGUGGCCUGCAGGACUCCUGGACUUUCGCCAGCCCAGGGGGAACUCAGGCUGUUGUUGAACUCGCCCAUACUCUUGGGGUACUGGCUGACAGUAAUGAAGCUUAGAACGGGCUGGACUCUUGCUGGUGACCUGGCACCCUUGUUUUCUCCUGAAUCGGCAGGGGUCUGGAGCCUCAGAGUCUGCACUGGUGACACCAGCAAUUGUGACUUGGUCUUCCCCCCAGUUUACAUUGCAGAUUCUGGUUAAGCAGAGGUUUCAGAACCACUGAACUUGAAACUUAACCCCUAGGGAUGCAGGUGGAAUGCCCAGGGACUAUGGCCUUGGGAAGUCAGUACCUUGAGGUUGGCCAGCAGAGACAACUUUUUUGUGUGUAGUGAUAAGAGAUCCAAAUAACAUCAGUUCUCCUUUUCAUGCUUUUCCUUCCCAGGUGUGGCCUGUGAUUCUAAUGGGGACUGGCAGACGUGUGCCUCUCUUCCGUCUAGGCCCUUCCUCCCCAGGAGGUGGUCUGUGAUGGGAUCUGGGUGACUUGCUUGCCAGAUCCAGGAGAUCCAGCUUGCCAGGGACUUAAGUUUAUCCUGUUUUGUUUGCUACUGGUUACAAAUUCUAUUUUCUGUACAAUUAGACUAAAGUUUUCACUGUGUUUGUUUGGCAAAACGAAUUAAACAGAAAAUAAGGUUUUUA